GCUGCCAAAACGAAGCAGGUAACAGGCGAGAGAGAGUUGGAAAAAGAAAAAGAAACAGCCGUAUAGACAGCCAACUGUUGCUCGCCGAACAGAAAGUAAUUGGGAGGAGCACUUGACGCGAACAUGAAUCUGAGCCAGCGGACUUACCUCAUCAUCACCGGAGCCUCCCGGGGCAUAGGCCGUGAAUUCGCGCAGCAACUGUCCGGUCGCAUCCAGUCGCAGGGCUCCGUGGUGACGCUGCUGGGCCGGAAUCUGCCACUUCUGCAGGAGGCCAAGGAGCACAUUCUGGCCAAAAGUCCACUGCUCACUGUGCACACGUACUCCCUGGAACUGGCCACCGCUAAGGCGGGUGACUUUGCCAAGAUCUUGGAGGAUUCCACUGGGAACGGCAGCUUCGAACGGGCCAUAGUGAUCCACAAUGCCGGCACCAUCGGCGACACCUCGAAACGGGCCAGGGAGAUCGGUGAUACGGACAUCCUGCAGAAUUACUUUCACACCAACGUCUUCUCCUGCAUGUCCUUGAACUCCCAGUUCAUGCAAGUCUUCCGAAAUGUCCAGAAAUUGAUCGUGAAUCUGAGUACUUUGGCGGCAAUAGCUCCCAUCUCGUCGAUGGGCUACUAUUGCUCGGUGAAGGCGGCCCGCGAGAUGUUCUUCCGCGUCCUGGCCCUGGAGGAGACCGCCCCGGACACUCUCGUCCUCAACUACGCCCCGGGCAUGAUCGACACCCAGAUGACCGUCCAGGUGCAGCAGGAGGCCCACGAUCCCGCCAUUGUGGCCCUGUUCCGGGAUCAGCGCGAGUCCAAGACCAUGCUGACCGCUGCCCAGACCACCAAGCGCUUCAUCGAAGUCCUCGAGGCGCAGAAGUUCAAGUCCGGCGACCAUGUCGACUACCGGGACGCGGAUCUUUAGGCCUUCGCUCGCUCGAAAAUAAUUCUAGAAUAUUAUUAAGCUCCUUCUGUGGUAAAAGGGUCCAGGAUUAGACUUUAGUCUUAAUUUGUUUCAAAUAAAAUUAAAUACUUACCCGAA